CUUCCUCUGCUGCAAUCACUACUUUCGCUGAUUACGAAGAUGACUCAAGCUUAGGAGCGGGGUAUCGUGUUCCUCCACCUGAGAUCAAGGACAUUGUCGAUGCACCACCAGUUCCUGCAUUGUCAUUUUCUCCACUUAGAGAUAAAAUUCUUUUUCUGAAGCGAAGAGCCUUACCUCCACUCUCAGAAUUAGCAAGACCAGAGGAGAAGUUGGCUGGUGUACGUAUUGAUGGAAAAAGUAAUUGUAGGAGUCGUAUGUCAUUUUACACUGGUAUAGGGAUCCAUCGGAUUCUUCCUGAUGAUACACUAGGCCCAGAGACUGAAGUUCAUGGUUUACCUGAGGGUGCAAAGAUAAAUUUUGUUAAUUGGUCUCCAGAUGGCCGUCAUUUAUCUUUUAGCAUUCGUGUGAAUCAAGAGGACGGUGAUAGCAGUAAAUUUAGAGUAUGGAUUGCAGAUGUGGAAACAGGGAUGGCUAGGCCUUUGUUUCAGUCACCUGAUAUACACUUGAAUGCAGUAUUUGAAAAUUAUGUUUGGGUAGAUAACUUUUCAUUGUUAGUUUGCACUAUUCCACUAUCUCGUGGGGCUUUGCCAAAAAAACCUUUGGUUCCCGGUGGCCCCAAAAUUCAAUCUAAUGAGGAGAAAAACAUUAUUCAAGUAAGAACAUUCCAGGAUUUGCUGAAGGAUGAAUAUGAUGAAGAUUUGUUUGACUACUAUGCCACAUCACAGCUUGUUUUAGCUUCUUUGGAUGGUGCAACAAAGGAAAUUGGUCCCCCCGCUGUUUAUACUUCUAUGGAUCCUUCCCCGGAUCACAAGUAUGUUUUGAUUAGUUCGAUUCACAGACCAUACUCUUUUACUGUGCCUUGUGGAAGAUUUCCAAAGAAGGUAGAGUUAUGGAGAGCUGAUGGGAAGUUAGUGCGGGAGCUUUGUGACUUGCCCCUUGCAGAGGACAUUCCUAUUGCAAUCAAUAGUGUGCGAAGAGGGAAGCGUUCCAUUAAUUGGAGAUCUGACAAACCAUCUUCACUUUACUGCUACACAAGCUUGAUCUCCGUUAUGGAGGGAUUUCUUGGUGUGAUGAUUCAUUGACUUUGGUAUACGAGUCUUGGUAUAAAACACGGAGAAUAAGAACAUGGGUAAUAUCUCCUGGAGCUGAGGAUGUGGCUCCACGAAUUCUCUUUGAUCGAUCAUCAGAAGACGUCUACUCUGAUCCUGGAUCUCCCAUGCUGCGGAGAACUCAGGCUGGGACAUAUGUUAUUGCCAGGAUAAAGAAGGAAAAUGAUGAAGGUAGAUAUAUUAUACUGAAUGGAAGUGGUGCUACACCAGAAGGGAACAUUCCAUUCCUUGAUCUAUUUGACAUAAAUAGCGGUAAAAAGGAACGGAUCUGGGAGAGUGAUAAGGAGAGGUACUAUGAAACUGUCGUUGCUUUGAUGUCUGAUCAAGAAGAAGGGGAUCUACAUUUAGAUCUGCUGAAAAUUCUGAUUUCAAAAGAGUCAAAAACCGAAAACACCCAGUAUCACUUUGUCAGAUGGCCAGAUAAAAAAUUAGUUCAGAUUACAAGCUUCCCUCAUCCAUAUCCUCAGCUUGAAUCAUUGCAGAAAGAGAUGAUCAGGUAUCAAAGAAAAGAUGGGGUUCAACUCACUGCUACCUUAUACCUGCCACCGGGUUACAAUCCAUCAACAGAUGGCCCUUUGCCGUGUCUGUUUUGGUCUUACCCUGGAGAAUUUAAGAGCAAAGAAGCUGCUGGGCAGGUUCGUGGUUCUCCAAAUGAAUUUCCUGGGAUAGGUCCAACAUCAGCCCUUCUUUGGUUGGCUAGAGGAUUUGCAAUUCUAUCAGGACCUACUAUUCCUAUUAUUGGUGAGGGCGAUGAGGAGGCAAAUGAUAGGUAUGUGGAACAAUUAGUUGCAAGUGCAGAAGCUGCUGUAGAGGAAGUUAUUCGGCGUGGGGUUGCUCAUCCAAAGAAAAUAGCUGUUGGUGGACAUUCCUACGGAGCAUUCAUGACUGCCAACCUCCUGGCACAUGCACCUCAUCUUUUCUGUUGUGGAAUUGCUCGUUCUGGUGCUUACAACAGAACACUUACUCCCUUUGGAUUUCAGAAUGAAGAUAGAACUCUUUGGGAGGCCACGAAUACUUAUGUAGAGAUGAGUCCUUUCAUGUCAGCUAAUAAAAUUAAGAAGCCGAUCUUGCUUAUACAUGGGGAAGAGGAUAAUAAUUCUGGAACAUUAACCAUGCAGUCAGACAGAUUCUUCACCGCUCUGAAGGGUCAUGGGGCUCUUUGUCGACUGGUGAUUCUGCCUUAUGAGAGCCAUGGCUAUACCGCCAGAGAGAGCAUAAUGCAUGUUCUAUGGGAAACAGACAGAUGGCUGUACAAAUACUGUGUAUCAAGCAGUUCUGAUGCAGACUCAGAUUCAGUUAAAGAGAAAGAAAGUAUAGAAACUACAGAUGCUGAAAAGAAAGUUGUUGCUACCAGUGGAGGUGGCGGUAAAGAGGAGUCUGAUAUUGAAUAUGAUGAAGUUCAUUCUCUGCCAAGGUCAUCCUUGUGAAGAAUUCUCAGAAGUUUGGCACGCCAAGGAUCAAAAUAGAAGCAUCCAAAAGAUGCACGUGGAAUAUAGAACAGCAACAUGCCUGGGGGCUGGGGCUGGAGUGGAGGAUACGAUGAAAUUGACAAGGAUCAUCAUCAUUCAAGUGUGGGAAAGUAUACCCACCAUGUCAUGUCCUUAACAACCUUCCACAGUAUUUCUGGUCGAUGGCACUUGCCAAUUCAUAUCUAGAUGGAUUCACCGGGAUGUCUCAUAUAUUGCUUGUUUUCAGAAUGAUAAUUAGCUGCUUUGCCAAUUAAUUUUGCAUUUGGCAAGGCAAUUUGAAUGUAAGAGGAAUAAGCAUUGUACGAAGUACAAACCAAACCAUUUAAUUGAUCCAAUGCAGCUGAACCCUUCUUACUGCCUUGGUUUUGGAGUUGUGAUUCUUUUCA